GUCGUCCAAGAGGCAAGCAGCAACGGCAACGACGACCCUAACAGCUUCGCAUGGCAGAGCUUCUACUUCCCGACGGACACGCAGUUACCGGGCAUGGCGCUGGGGCAGAAGCAACUCCACGCAGGGGCCAUCCUCAACAUCAACCUCACGGCCUGGAAGAGCCCCACGGACCCCGGUCCAGGCCAAUAUGCCUUCGGAUUAGACGUGAGAGGCGACCCCCAGAUAUUCAUCUGGUCAGAUACACGACCCUACUGGCGCGGAGGCCCAUGGAACGGCCUCGGGUUCAGUGGCGUCCCACAGGUGACGAACCAAGAUGACUGGCUCAUAGACGUCAACGUGGAACAAAAUCAAAUCGCCUACUCGACCGUCAACCAGCCAUCAGUUAUAUUGAGGUGGACCAUGGACUCCUCCGGCCAUUUACAAUUCCUCGUGUGGAUCGAGGCUGAACAGCGCUGGAGUGUCAGUUGGAACCUACCCAAGGACCACUGCGAUCAAAUAUUCUCGUGCGGCCGCAACAGUUACUGCAGCUCCAACAACUCGCCGCCGUGCACAUGCUUGCCGGCGUUUCAUCCAAACAACCAACGUAAUUGGGAUUUGUGGGACUGGUCGGACGGCUGCACCAGGACGACGCCCUUGGACUGUGUAAAUAAUACCGAUGGAUUCUUCACACAGAGCGACACCAAGUUGCCCGACACGUCAAGAUCGACAGUCAAUGCAAACCUGAGCUUGGUGGAGUGCAGGGCUUUGUGCUUCGGCAACUGCUCAUGCAGAGCAUAUGCUGCAUCGAACAUAAGUGGAAUUGAAAGUGGCUGCUUGAUCUGGACAGACGAUCUCACUGAUAUCAUAGUGUACCAGAGUGGUCUAGGACAGGAUCUUUAUGUCAGAUUGGCAGCGGCAGAUUUAGUAUUUGCAUCUGAAGCUUUGCGCGGUCAUUCUAACCGGAAUAUCAUAAUGAUUGUGGUUUUUCCUGUGACAAUUCUGUUCCUUGCUUGUGUUGCUUACUCGAUUUGGAGGUGGAAGAAGAGAAGUUCUCAGAUUCACUAUGAAGCAGAAGACAAGGACAUGGAAUUGCCAUUGUUUGACUUGAAUACAAUUAAAGACGGCACCGAUGACUUCUCGCCAGACAACAAGCUUGGUGAAGGAGGCUUUGGCCCUGUGUACAAGGGUAAAUUGGGUGAGGAACAAGAGAUAGCAGUGAAAAGAUUAUCCACGACAUCCACACAGGGAGUCGAUGAGUUCAAAAAUGAGAUCACAUUGAUCGCGAAACUGCAACAUAGAAAUCUUGUUAAGCUUCUUGGCUGUUGCAUUCAAGGAGGGGAAAGACUCUUGAUCUACGAAUACAUGUCCAAUGGAAGCUUGGACAACUUUCUGUUUGGUGAAGCUCAAACCGUAUUACUGGAUUGGAGAGCGAGGUACAACAUCAUUCUCGGUGUCGCUCGAGGUCUACUUUAUCUUCACCAUGAUUCAAGAUUAAGGAUCGUUCAUAGGGAUCUUAAGGCAAGCAAUAUUUUGAUUGACAAAGAUAUGAAUCCCAAAAUAUCUGAUUUUGGCAUGGCUAGGAUAUUUGGAGGAGAUGAAUCUGAAUCAAUUACCAAAAGAGUCGUCGGAACCUAGUGAGCAUAAACAAUUUGA